AUGGCUCCCCGUACUAGAAGUCGUGCUCCUUCCAAGCGGCACUAUGCCGACCGCGUCGAAUUAGACGGCGAGGAAUUCGCCGUCGGCCAUUGCGUCUACGUCAAGAUCACCAGCGGUGAUUCGUCCAACGGAGCCCUCGAGGCCGCCGCCGACGGCUCGGAUUCAGACGAAUCCGACGCGAGCGACGAGGAAUGCCAGAUUUGUGGGAAAGCUGGCGGAGAAGGGGGGGGCGGAACAAGGGGAAGCAAACACGGGAAGGUGGGGAAAGCGGGGACGGCGGGGAAGGGGAGGAUGGCGGGGAAGGUGGGGACGGUGGGGGAGGGGGGAAAGAAGCAGAAGAGGCGGCGAACGGCGCGGGAGCGAGUGUUCAAUGGGGAGCUUGCGAUUGGUCGAAUCGAAAGGAUCUGGCGCGUGGACGAAUCAAAAGAGCGCGGUAGCCGGAGGGAUGAGGAGGAGGAGGGAGAAGGGGGGGAGAAAGGGGGUGAGGAAGGGGAAGGGGAAGGGGAAGGGGAAGGGAAAGGGGAAGGGGCAGCGGAGGCGGAGGGGGGUGAGAGUGGGUGGUGGUGCAGGGUGAGGUGGUAUGUGUUGCCGGAGGAGACGGUGGAGGGCAGGCAGGCGCGGCACAGGAAGAGGGAGGUGUUCUAUGGGGAUGUCACGCAGGAGAUAGAGAUGGUGACAAUACUGCGCGCCUGCCAGGUGCUCCCAGAGCCGCUCUUCGCAGCAGCGGCCCACGAGGGGGACGACGUGUUCCUCUGCCGCAUGGCCUACGACUCGCGCUCCCUCACCUUCAAACGCCUGCCCGCGCGGAUGCGCGUACUGGGUGGAGGGGGACCCGCGGGGGCAGCGGGGGGGAUGAGGGGGGAGGGCGAGAUGAGGGGGAUGGCAGGGGGAGGUGGGGGCGGAACGGGCGCGCAGGGGCGUGGGGGCAAUGGGGGAGGGAAGAGGAGGAGAGGGGAGAGGGAUGAGGGGAAUCGAAAGGGUUUGCAUGGGAGUGGGGAGGAUGGGGAAGGGAGUGGCGGGAGCGAUGGUAGUGAUUCUGCGAUCAGAGGCGCGCCGCAGGGAAUUCUGCAAAGCUGGUGGGAGAGAGAGAGGAUGAGAGAGAUGAUACGUGGGACGCGGGGGAUGGGGAAAGCGGCGGAGGAGGAGGAGGAUGAGGAGGAGGAGGAGGAGGAGGAGGACGGGGAGAGGGAGGAGUCAGAGAGGCAUGUGAGGAAGGAUGGUGAGCAGAAGGGGAGGAAGGUAGGCGGGUUGGCGGCGGUGCGGAGGGCGAAGAGGGCGCUGCAGCUGUCCCGUGUGCCGCCAUGCCUGCCGUGCCGUGAGAAGGAGCAGCAGGAGGUGGAGGGGUUUGUGGCGAGAGUGGUUGGGGGCCAUGGAUCCAGGGAAGGCACGGGCAAGACGGCAGUGGUGGUGGAGGUGAUGCGGCAGGCGAGGAGGAGCAGCAGGGAGGGGCUGCUGCUGCCCUUCCAGUUCGUCCACAUCAACGCGCUGCACCUGCCUGCCCCCACCAUCUUCUUCUCUGUUCUCUGGGAGGCACUGACCGGCCAGAGGGUCGCGUGGAAGAAAGCUCUUCACUCCCUCAACGUCCGCUUCGCCUCCCCUCGCCCCUCCUCUCCUCCUGGCGGGGUGCUCUACAACAUCUUUGAGUGGACCACCUGGAGCUCUGCACGCCUUGCCGUUAUUGGCAUCGCCAACACGGUGGACCUGCCCGAGCGCCUGCUGCCGCGCAUCGCCAGCCGCAUGGGGCUGCACCGCGUGCCCUUUGCGCCAUACACGCGCCACCAGGUCGAGACGAUCGUCGCCGCCCGCCUGCACGCAUGCGAGCUCUUUGCACCGCGGGCCAUCGAGCUGGCUGCAAGGAAGGUGGCGUCGGUAUCUGGGGAUGUGCGGCGGGCGCUGGAGAUCUGCCGCAGGGCGGUGGAGAUCGCUGAGGCAGAGGCCAGGCUAGCAGGGACUAGCCAUGCACCCGAGGCUGGCUGUGCUGAUGUGGCAGGUGCAGCUGACGUGCCAGAUGAAGCAGAGGCGGGAGCUGGUUCGGGAGAUGGUAUGGGGACAGGGUCGGAAGCUGGGUUCGGGGCGAUGGCGGGAGCAGGUCUGAGACUGGUUCACGAUGCAAGCCUGGUUAGGGAGAGUGCGGUGCGCUUUGGAGGAGGAGUGGAGAGCGGUUUGUCUGUUCUAAAAGGGGUGCCACGGGGAGAAGAGAGUGCGAGAGGAGCGGCGGGUGAGGUGACAAGGGAAAUAGAAGAGGGACUGAGGGGACGGGCUGAAGGGGUGGAGGAGAGAAAGGAGGAAGGGGAGGCAUCGGCUGUGGAGGUGCAAGUUAGGACAGCGCAGCAGAGCCCGUUGGUGGUGCAGAUAGAGCACGUGGAGGCAGCGAUUCGAGAUAUCUUCUCAUCACCCCACAUCAUGAUCAUUCGCCACCUGUCCGCCGUGGAGAAGAUAUUCCUGGCUGCGCUCUCCUUCGACCUCCAUCAAUCCGGGGCUUCUCAAUCCACCUUUGCCAGGGUGCACCAGCUGUGCCACGACUGGUUGCAGCACCACAACUCCACCAUCGCUGCCACACCCUCACCCGCUGCACUCUCUUCAUUGGCUGCUUCCACGUCAGCAUCUCCUCCUGACCAAUCAGAGGCCGCCGGUGGCAGAGGGGAGAAGCGUUUGGUGCAGCAGCCUGGGAGGAAGGAGGAAGCUUCCUGGGAGCUUCCAGUGCGGCUGAAUGUGUCUCACGAUGCCCUGCUGGCUGCGUGUGCACGCCUGGCAGAGUCACACCUUUUGCUAGCAGAGGGCACUGCCCUGCACUGCAUUCAGCGCAUUCAGCUCAACUUACCCAGGGAGGACGUGCUCCAUGCAUUGAGCGCCGACCAGGAGUUGCCUUGGUUGGCAAGGCAUCUUGGAUGA